AUGAUCGUAAAGCUUCCAUUCAAGGAGCACGCCCCUAACUCCAUGGGUAAUUCUAGAGAAGUCGCUCUAAAACGGUUGUACGGUAUUGAAAGAAGGUUGAAUCGCGAUCCCCAUUUAAAAAUUCAAUAUUCGGAAUUCAUGAAUGAAUACUUGGCCUUAGGCCACAUGAAGUUGAUUGACGAGCAAUCCGACCACUGUUCGGAAUCCUUUUAUCUCCCACACCACUGUGUGUUCAAAGCCAUUCAAGGUUCCAGCAAAAUUCGAGUAGUCUUCGAUGCUUCCGCGAAGAGUUCGACCGGUGUCUCUUUAAACGAAGCGCUCAUGGUCGGACCGACUGUCCAACAAGACCUAUUCUCAAUUUUAUUACGAUUUCGUACGUUUCGCUUCGUUCUCACAGCCGACAUCAUCAAGAUGUAUCGACAAGUGAUGGUGCAUCCCUCACAAACGCGCUAUCAGCGUAUCCUUUGGCGGAACGACUCAUCCUCUAAUGUCCAAGCGUACGAGCUUGUCACCGUAACAUACGGCACGUCCUCGGCGUCGUACUUAGCUACCAGAUGCCUCAAGUGGCUGGCCGAACGUUACGCGAACGAACUUCCUAGUGGCUCCGUGUGCGUGGGACGAGUUUUACGUUGA